GAGUGCAGUUUUAGUGGCGCGGGUAACAGAGGGAAAAAAAAGAAAACGCGGAGGCAGUUUAGGACAUGAGGACAAACAAGCUCCUGUUUGGUCCCAGGACAGAGUUGUCACACGGCGGAUUUCUUCUCAGCAUGUGAAUUAAUGGAGAUAGCGAGGGUAAAAAUGAAGGCGCCUCGUCUCGUGCAGUGUUUCGUGCUGGCGGUUGCGGUCAUCCGGACGAGCCGCGCGCAGGCAGUGUGUGAGGGCACCGAUAACAAGCUCAGCACCCUGUCAGAUCUCGAGCAGCACUACCAAACUCUGCGCAAGUCCUAUGAGAACUGUGAGGUGGUGAUGGGAAACCUGGAGAUCACCAGCAUCGAGCAGAACCGCAACCUGGACUUUCUCAAGUCGAUCCGCGAGGUGACCGGUUACGUCCUGGUGGCUCUGAACCGGUUUGAAUAUCUGCCUUUGGAGAACCUGCGCAUCAUCCGCGGUGCCAAACUGUACGAAGACCGUUACGCCCUCGCCAUCUUCCUCAACUACAGGAGAGAUGAACUCUUCGGCCUCCGCCAACUCGGACUCAACAACCUCACCGAGAUCCUGAACGGCGGGUUGUACAUAGAUCAGAACAAGUUCCUGUGCCACGUGGACACCAUCCACUGGCGGGACAUCAUGAAGAAAACUCGAGGCGAACUGCUGGUGGUGCCGUCGAACAACAGCAACUACUCGUGCAGACGAUGCCACCGAUCAUGUAAUGGACGCUGUUGGGGACACCAAGAGAAUCAGUGCCAAAUCUUAACAAAGACGGUGUGCGCUGAUCAGUGUGACAGUCGCUGUUUCAGUCCAUUCGUCAGCGGCUGCUGUCACCGCGAGUGUGCCGGAGGCUGUUCGGGACCCAAACACACCGACUGCUUCGCUUGCAGAAACUUCAAUGACAGCGGCGCUUGUGUGUCUCUGUGCCCUCAACCGGUUAUGUACAACCCCGCAACCCUCCAGCUGGAACCCAAUCCCAAUGUCAGAUACACGUACGGAGCGUUUUGCGUCCAAAAAUGUCCACACAACUUUGUGGUGGAUCAUGGCUCCUGCGUUCGAGCCUGCCCGAGUAACAAGAUGGAGGUGGAGAAGAACCACGUCAGGAUGUGCGUCCCUUGUACUGACAUCUGUCCUAAAGUGUGUGAUGGAAUAGGGACUGGUGCUUUGCACGCGGCGCAGACGGUCGACUCGAGCAACAUCGACAAGUUCAUCAACUGCACCAAAAUCAACGGCAACCUCAUUUUCCUCGUCACCGGAAUCAAAGGAGACAUGUACCACGGUAUCAGAGCUUUGGACCCUGAGAGACUCAGUGUGUUCCUCACAGUAAAAGAGAUCACAGGUUUCCUGAACAUCCAGUCAUGGCCGGAGAACAUGACGGACUUCGGAGUGUUCUCCAACCUCAGCAUCAUUGGCGGACGAGCACUUUACAGCGGCGUAUCUCUGCUGAUCCUGAAGCAGCGCUGGAUCACAUCACUGGGCUUCCAGUCUCUGCUGGAGAUCCACGCCGGGAACGUCUACAUCAGCAACAACAGCCAGCUGUGUUUCUAUCACACACUCAACUGGACGAGGUUUUUCCGCUCGGCGGGUCAGAGAGCGCUGCUGAACAACAACAAGGAGGCGCAACAGUGCGUUACAGAGCAACGUGUGUGUGAUAAGCUGUGUUCAGAAGCAGGAUGUUGGGGUCCCGGGCCUGACCAGUGUGUAUCCUGUAGGUACUACAGCCGUGGGAGGACGUGCGUGAAGUCCUGUAAUCUUUACCAAGGAGAAUUCCGUGAGUUUGUCAAUGGAUCAGUGUGUGUGGUGUGCGAUAACCAGUGUGAGAAAUCUGGAGACAAAACACUGACCUGUCACGGACCAGGUGCAGAUCAUUGUAUGAAGUGUGCCCACGUAAAAGACGGGCCCAGCUGCGUGGAGAAAUGUCCUGAUGGGCUGCAGGAUGCCGACAGCUUCAUCUUCAAAUACGCCCACAGCAACAACGAGUGUAGACCCUGCCAUGCCCAUUGCACCCGGGGGUGCACCGGACCUCGGAUUAAGGACUGCCUCGGAAUGAUGGACAGGACUCCUCUGAUUGCAACCGGAGUGUUCGGGAUGAUGAUCGUGAUCGUGGCGCUCGGUUUCGCCGUUUACUUCAGAAGCAGGAGCAUCAAGAAGAAGAGAGUGCUACGCCGCUUCAUGGAGUCGGAGCUCUUGGAGCCUCUUACAUCCAGUGGAACUACAAUGCAUCAGGCUCAGCUGCGUCUGCUGAAAGAAACCGAACUCAAGAGCGUCAAAAUCCUGGGAUCCGGAACCUACGGUAGCGUCUACAAGGGCAUCUGGAUACCAGAAGGUGAGAGUGUAAAAAUCCCAGUGGCUAUAAAAGAACUCAGUGAAACUACAAGACAGAAAGCCAGGGGUAAAUUUCUUGACGAGGCUGUAAUGAUGUCCAGCAUGGAUCAUCCACACCUGCUGCGUCUGCUCGGGUUGUGUGUGAGCCCCGACGUGCAGCUGGUGACUCAGUUCCUGCCCCACGGCUGUCUGCUGGACUAUGUCCGUGAGCACAAGGACAGUGUUGGCUCUCAGCUGCUGCUCAACUGGUGUGUUCAGAUAGCCAAGGGUAUGAUGUACUUGGAGGAAAGAAAGCUGGUCCAUAGGAAUCUGUCUGCUCGUAAUAUCAUGGUGAAAUCUCCAAACCACGUCAAGAUCACCGACUAUGGGCUUGCUCAGCUUCUGGGUGCAGACAGUGAAGACGAAGACAAGACAUUUCACAUCAGUUGGAUGGCGCUGGAGUGUAUUCACUACAAAAAGUUCACACACCAGAGUGACGUUUGGAGUUAUGGAGUGACCGUCUGGGAGCUGAUGACUUUUGGAGGUAAGCCGUACGACGGCAUUCCCAAUCGCGAGAUCCCGGAUAUUUUGGAAAAGGGAGAACGUCUGGCUCAACCUCCGAUAUGCACAAUAGAGGUCUACAUGGUCAUGGUCAAGUGCUGGAUGAUCGAUGCUGACAGUCGGCCCAGGUUUAAAGAGCUUGCUACAGAAUUCUGCAAGAUGGCAAGAGACCCUCAGAGGUACCUGGUCAUUCAGGGGGAUGACUGCCUAAAGCUGCCUAGUCCCACGCACAGUAAAUUCCUCCACAGUCUCUUGGAUGAUGACGAACCUGGAGAUAUGAUGGAUGCUGAGGAGUACUUGGGUCCUCAAAAACUUAAAGAUCUAUCCAAUGUUUCCUCCCAUCCAUCCGGCCCUAAUCUCAAAUCCAAUCAGGCACCGAGUUAUGCGACGUUAGAAGCACAGGGUUGUGAGGCAGCCACGGCAUCUGGUGAACUGUUGUUCCCUGCAAAAUCUGCAAAAGAGGAGCAGCUCUGCCAUGGAAAGCUGAAGAAGAAUCUCAGCACUGCCACUGCGACAGAGGACAGCAGCUGUCGGCGCUACAGUGCAGAUCCCGCUGCAUUCCUGAAAGACAGAGCACAGAGGCGAAGUCCUGACGAGGAUCGAUGUGUGGCUGCCAGGAACGACAAGAGUUCCUCAGACCCUAUUGAGGAGAAUCCUUUCAUCAUCCACCAGAAAAACCGAGAGGUUCAUGCACUGGAUAACCCAGGUUACCAUGGCAACCCUGACGGACAACUCAAGCUUGAGGACGAGAACACUAUUCUCGGCCACAGAAAAGACGAGAUGAUUCAGGAGACACUGAAGAAAAGCAUGGUGUCUCUUCCUGGGCUGACCAGAACAACAAGCAGGACUACAAACAUCCAUGUAAAAAAUGUUCACUUUACACUCCCACCAGUUCAGCCCCCUCACAGUGGACCAAUGAGUCAAAACGGUCACCAUUUCCAUUCGGGUCAUGAUCAUUCCACUAUGUGUGUCCUACCUUCAGUAACAGGACAAAUGUGCCACAUCAGCCAUCAAAUCCAACCUGGAUCUCCUGGUCCUGCUCGCACCUUGCAUCAGCACGAUGGCGUUAAAAGUACCACUAGUGUUCUACCAGGCCAUGCGGUCCAUCAAAGCGGCACAACACAAACAGCUCACUCUGGAACAAAUAAGAAGUCCUUUCCAACAAACAAUCCAGAAAAGCGACAUCAAAACCUUCCAGCCAGCAUUCCACCGCACCCUCCAGAUCCCUUGCUGGUCUGCAGGAACAGUUUCAUCUACAAGCAGAACGGCAGUGAGAACCCAGAGAACCUGCCCGAGUCCAGUCUGAAACCAGGAACGUUUCUGCCUCCUCCACCGUAUAGGCACAGAAACACUGUAGUGUAACAUCACGACCACACUGGUUUCUCAGCGACUGCUUCUUCUACCAGCACGUUGAAGACAUCAUUUUCAUCUUCAGCACAUCUUGCAACCCUUCUGCUGGAUCUUUACGAGAGGUUUCCUCAGCAUCAUACUGUAUACUGUGUAUGUAUAUACGUAUAGCCGAACUGAGAGAAAACAAACUGCACCUUUCAGACUUUUAUAACUCUGCAUCAUUGUGUGUGUUUGUGUGUGUGUGUGUGUGUAGUAUACGCAUAUCCUUUGUAAAUUCGGGAAGAUACAGGAGGCUUUUAUAAUAUAUUUUUAGAAAAAGUGAAGGCACCUGAUUGUUUAUAUAAUAAAAAGUAAUAAAAGUACUUGCACAUCUAUUUUUCCUCCUCCGUGUGAACAUGUGUGCUGUUCUGAGACGGCAAAGCCUUAAUCAAGAGGCUGGUUUAAUCCUCUCUGACUCACUCGUGGAUGUUAUUUAAUAAAAAAAAAUGCAGCGCGCAAGACAUCUCCGAGGCAGACCCGCGAAGGUUUCCCCGCUGGCGUUUUGAAAAACGGAUAACAAUGAAAUUGUUUCCCCUCGCAGUCUUGUACAUCUAUGUUGAACCUGCUGUAUUAUUCCUGGUUGUGGACUGGCACAGUGUCUUUUACGAUGUAUAUUUUUGGAUUAUGA